GGGACGUUUUGGGCCACUAUAAAUAUUGUCGGCGGAUCCGCUGGGUAUCACAGUUUACGGACAACAACGCUUCUGGCCAGAACACGAUCGGGAAUAGUUGCUAAUUUGAGAGAAAAACAUUAAAUCUAGAGUGCAUCCCCGUGAAAUUUCGCAAAUAAAAGCAACAAUGGCAAAGUUAUUUUCCAUCCUUUUGUGCCUGGCUAUUAUCGGAUUCCUCAGCGCAGCUCCUGUGGAGGACAAGAAGCCCGCUGAGGAGGCUGAUCUCUCCACCGCAGACUCCAUUGGCUACGGCUACUAUGCAGCACCAUCGCCCAUUUACUACGGCGGCUAUGGAGGUGGCUACAAGUACGGCGGAUAUUCCGGUUACGGCGGCUACGGCGGUUAUCGGUCCUACGGCGGCGGCUUCUAUCGUCCCCGAAUUUACCCAGUUUGGGGCUAGGUGACGCAAUACGAAGAUGACAGAUCAAAAAGAAGUUCCAGGCAUAUGUACAUACGUUCCUUAACCCAGAAAAAUCCUAAGUAAUCGCACCAAAGAAGUUAUACAAGCCCCCCAGUUUUGAAAUUGUAACCCUUUCACUGUCUUGCAACCACGAGUUGAUGACGUCAGCGGCAGUUUUUGACCCCAGAGCACAAUUAACACCGGCUUUAUUGCAAUAAAAACAAAAA